GUACUGGUCUUUUAGUGGAACUUCGUACAGUAACAGCUUUUGCCACCGAACAUUGCAAUACUGAAAAGUAACUCACGACCAAAUCAUGAUAGGAAAUCACCACAUUUUUAAUAAAUGAUAAACAAGUAAUUAACAAAUAAAAACCAAGACAUGUAUCAGUCUACAUUUGCUUUCCUGUCUUUCUCAGUAUUAAUUAUUUUAGUAGUCUAUCAAGACAUGACAAGGCAGUAUUUACUACGGACGACAAUUAGAACCAAAAUACAAUUGUUUACUUUAAUGGAAUCUAACAUGUACGAUAAUACCAAAACUGAACAUUUCAACUACAAAACUCAAAACGAUUCAACUGAUUCAACUUUGUACCAACAAAAUAACACAACAGAUGUACCGAUUGUCACAGGAAGUCUUUUUCGUGGAAGAAAGAGAGGAGAAGGCAAUCUGAGUUAUAACAUAUCGAGUAAUUUAAAUCGUCCUAAAAAUAAAACGGUUCGAACAAACUUGUAUUUUACAAAAGCUAGUGAUACUCAUCAAGAGGAAAAUAUCAAAAUCAGAUUGAACCGAUCUGUCAUAAAUGAUAGCACAGACCUAACGACAGGACAAUAUUUAUUUGACAGAAACAACAAUAACGUAUCCAAAGAUACCAGUGAAAACAAAAAUAAACUGAUGGGAAAGGACGUUAUGGGUAAAAGAACAAUGACAGAUAUUUUGCAACCAACAGUGUAUGGCCGACAUAAAUAUAGCAUAUCGAAAACUUACACCGGUCGUUUCCACGAUUCAUCUGAUAAAAAUGGCUGUCAAACAUUUAUUUAUGACAACUUUAACAAUUACUUAAAUCAUACAGUUUUUGAAUCAUUGAAAAGGAAAUGUAGUGGAAAAAAGGUUAAAAGGAUUCCAUUUCGUCUUGAUAAAUCACUGCUCAGUAAAAAUAUUCAAAAUGUACAAUGCCCAUCGUCUAAAAUGGAUUAUUUAACAAAAAAGUCACCUUUGGUUGCACUGGCAAGUUUUCCGGGAUCAGGUAACACAUGGACACGAGUUUUAUUAGAAAGAGUCACAGGAAUACAUACCGGAAGUCUCUACAAAGACCCUAAAUCACAUUUCCAAGGCUCGAAAGUAUGUCCUACGAAUGGAGAUGUCUUUAUCGUGAAAACACACAAAGCUUCAGAUCUUGCAGUGCGAAACAAUUGUAAACCAUCAAGAUUUUCACGAGCAAUUUUUAUUUUGAGAAAUCCAUAUGAUGCGAUAAUGGCGGAGUUCAAUCGACUAAAUAAUGGGAAAGUGGGUUUCGCUAGCAAAAGAGAAUUUCACAGUACACGGUGGAGGGCGUUUGCCAUGAGAAUUUCAAACCGUUGGAUGAAAACAACGCUCUAUUGGCUGACCAAGUACAAAAUGCCUCUACAUGUCAUUAUUUACGAAAGACUGCAAGCUAAUACCAUUCUAGAAAUGUAUAAAGUUAUGAAUUUUCUCAAUCGUGGUAUUUCUUUAAAAACACUGUAUUGCCUAGGAAACAAACCUCAAAACAAAUACUAUAGAGGUACAAAACCCGAAUGGAUGAUAAAAACAAAACUAUUUGGUCAGAAAGCGAUCGACCAUAUCAAUCGUUCUAUCCGUUUUAUCGGCCAAAGAAUAUCUCAAAUAUCUGUCAGACAAACAGUCCAAAGUUAUCUUUUGCCCGAACAUAUGCAAUUCUUGCGUACUCUAAGUUAAAUAUAAAUUGUAUAGUAUAAGUUUCUUAAAGUUUGAAACCUGUAUUAUGACCAUAUGCAAAGGAAUUAUAAUAUUUAUAUGUUUAAUUAAAAAUUCUUCUAGCUGAAUGUUAUUUUUUUAUACAUAGUAUACUUUAUUGGAAAAUGGGUAAAGAAAAUCAAAAAGUUGUUUAAAUAGUUUGCAUCUUAACGCGAUCAUAUAAAUGACUUAAACAUUGUAACAUAAUCGUAGUAACACCCUUUGUUUUUGGUUAAUUCUACUGUGUAUUUACAUUGUUAAGUUCUCCUGCAAAAUUAUCACGACAAUUAGAUAACUGGGCUGAAUCCUAUGGUGUUAACAUAGAGAGGCCCAGACCGGUUUUAGAAAAAAAUGUUGAUAAUGUUUUUAUCUAAAUGCUCUUAUUUCACAUUGCUUGAAUAAAAAUGAAA